CUAUAAGAAUCAUUUCAAACAGUUUUCAGCAUCCCUUCCAGAAAGGGCUAUCUUGUAGUCAAACGUUCAACACACUACAUGUGCUUUAAUCGAUGCCACGAAAAUGUACAAUUCAAACGAUAGAGUGCGGUCAUAAACGAUGAAAGCGAAGAAAGCGAGGAAAAGCGAGCGGUUGCUACAAACAAAAUAAAUUACAAGUUAUAAACGAAUACAAUAAAAGAAACAGAAAUAACCAGCCAAAGGUAGACGAUACUCACAAACGUUAUAUGACUAGGACGGUUAGGAACACGAAAGAGGAAAGCGGAAGGCUGUAAAUAAACAAGAUAACUGUAGCACCGCAAUGAAUAUGCACAAAUAAUCUAGAAAAACGCAUGUAAAAGGGAACUUAACAAAACAAAAUUAUGCCGAAAAACCUAACAGAAUAUUGAUAACGUGAAAGCGAGAUAAACGAAAAGAAUGCGAUGAUCACUAAAAGAAUGCACGUACAGGCGGAAAAAAAUAACAAAAAUUUAAAUGCGGCGCCAACAGGCUACUUGAAAAGUUUGGCUGAAAAUGAUACUCUGCCAUGAAAUCCCCUGCUACAUUUUGAACCAAAAAAGUUCAAUUUUGUUUCGAUUUUGAACCCAAAGUGAAGGGGAUGUUUUUAUUUACAAUUAUAUAAGUUUUCUCCACGUAACCGUGCCCAGAAGGAGCGAGAAGGGACCUAACCAAAUACCACAUAUUUACAAAAGCGAAACACAUGAACCGUCAAAAUGGCCACUCUUAACUUUAGCAAUUCGUACCCAGGCUCUCCAUGUUAUCGGCCAAAAGUUUACAUCUGAGUGAGUGACACAUUUGCAUAUUUUGCCCCAUCAGCAAUAGUCGUUUCUACGCUUCGCGUAUCAACGACCAAAAAGUAGUUGGCUGGGUUUUAGUAGCUAGGAGAAAACAAGGGGGCAUUACAUUUAGCUGUAUAAACAAGUUAAAAUUUCGUUUGCAUUGCAAACCGUCCGUGUAAACGAAAAAAGUUUCUCUAUCGUGCACCUUAGAAACGAGGAUUUUUGAUUGAUUUUUCAAGAAAUUUGGCAUUUCCAGCCCAAAAGGAGUUUUUAUUUAUUAACAUCUCAUCUCGAUUCAAUCUGUCGGCUGGAUAUUUCUUAUGUUGUUUGAACAUGCAAGUAUCAUGAACAGCUGUUGUUAAGCACAAGUUGAGCACAGAACAAACAUUACAUGUUCCUUGAUGGACAGUACAGUAAUAUUUUGAGACAAAUCCAUUACUACGUGUAAGAGUGAGUAGUUUAUAUGCAGAUAUUAUUCAGUUACCUAGGGCUGAGUAAUGUUUAAUUUAAACUCAUCCGUCUUUUCAAAAUAUAUUAUGACGAACAAGGUGCAGACCAAGGGCGUAAAAUCUACGUUGCGUUCUUAAGAAGCUUAUAUGCUGUUAAUAUUUUAUGUCUUCAGGCCGAGUGAUGUUUUAGGUAAAGCUUGCCCAUCUUGUCAAGUGAUAUCAAGACUCACGAGGACGCAGAGUACAGGCGAAAAAUCAGUUUACCUGACUUGAGCAGAAGCUACACUUUCGCGAAAUAUCAUUGGCAAGACCUUCACCAGGAUAACUUCAGUCAUUAAUCGACGCAAACUUGGAAAAAGAUUGGCGCAAAUCAGGGGCAAAAUAGUGAAGUAUUUCACAGAGUUUGAACAAGAGAUCACAGUUGUCACCAGGCUCAUUGAGAAGGUACCCCCGUCAAACUUCCCACAAAAGUGAUUUUCGCUUUAUUCAAGUUUGUUGGAAUUGUAAUUCACAAUGCUCCAGGAAGCUUUCGUAAACAGUGUGAACUCAACUGACAUCCGUGGCUCGACAGUUUUGCUCAUUCGUUCGUACGAGGAAGCACGAAUCACCUUCGCUGUGAUUUUGUCGAUUAAUCUGCUCGUUAUCGUGUUGGGAAUAAUCGUCAAUGCGACCAUUUGUUAUGUGAUGCUGCGAAAAAAACGCUAUAAAAGAAACAGUUCAAAUUUCUUCAUUACGCAUUUGUCCGUGGUGGAGCUGGUACAUCGCCUACUUGUCUUCCCUUUAAUGGUGUACUUUGUAGUUCCAGCGACGGGAAUCAAAACGUUCCAGUGCAAAGCUAUAUCAUUUUUCUCUAAGACCUCCGCCUCGGCCAUAUUUGUCAGCCUGGUUGUCAUAGCCAUCGAUAGGCAUCAAAAGAUUGUCCACCCUUUACAGAGUUUGAAGUCAAAGGAAAAUCCUUUCACCCUCGUUUUUCUCUGUUGGCUGUAUGCUACCAUCGUGUCGUGCCCUUUUGUUAUUAGCAUGGAUAGCAUUUCUGUUCUAAAAAUCCCCGAAGCUCGAGGUAUGGUCUGCGAAAAUUGUGCUGACAAGAAACUUUGUGGUAUUCCACAAAAUCUACUGGGGCAGUCUUCGACCACGUUAUAUUUUGUCCUUGCAUUUCUUGUUCCGUUGACCAUCAUUUUUGCGUUGUACGUUAAAGUCGCCAUCUUCUUGCAUCAGAGAGGCAAGAGUGGAAUGAUGAGCCAAGUGGUGGCAAAAUCGAAAUCUAACGCAGUACGCAUGCUCACUAUCACCGUAUUUGGAUAUGCCCUCUCCCUAGGCCCCGCUGUCGUUCUCGCCAUGUUGAGAUCUUAUGGCACUCUAAACAGUAAAUCCUUCGACUGCCUAUUACUGGUGAGCUGGAUGGUCGACUUUGCCACAUACACAAGCUCACUGGCAAAUCCAUUGAUUUAUGCGUAUAACAACAGGGCUUUUAGACAGGAAAUUAACCGUUUGUUUUGUAAAAGAGAAGGUCAAAUAUUUUAUAAUGCUAGAUUCACAAAAUCGACUUGAAAUCUUUAACUGAUCAAAUUUGGCAAGAUCCCUCAUUACCUAGAUGGCUGAUAACGAACUAAAAACCAGAAUGAUAAUUUAUUCAUCACAGGCUCCAUUACGGGAGAGUUAGAUGUAUGUGAGUAGACUAAAACUCUCCGGCGAGACCUCCAGCGCUUUCGCCGGCUUUUGCUGAAAUUGAAUAUUUGCGUAAAAGGAGGGGGUAGAGUGUUGUACCUCGUUUGUGCGCCCUGACGUUGAAGUGUUGAGGUGUAAAGUUUAAAAGAGCUACGACACGGUUUGCGCAUCUUCAACAGUUUAGCCCAAAGUUUCAAGUUCGUCGUUCGUUAUCC